AUGAAAGACCGUCAUCACAGAAGAAGAUCAAGAUCCCGAUCUCGAUCGCGGUCAGUAACGCCAGAAAAAAAACGUCGGCGUUCCCGAAGCCGAGAGCGAGAUCGUGACCGCGAUCGCGAGCGUGACAAGGAAAAAAGGUACCGGGACCGACGGAGCCGUUCUCGAGACCGGGACCGAGAUCGCCGCGAUCGAGAUCGGGACCGAAAGCGCGGAGACAGCAAGGAAAAGCGUACCGAUUCAUCAAAGUCGCGUUCGACGAAAGACCGCAAGCGCUCGCGGUCCAAAGAAAAGAAGGACAAGGAGAAAAAUGAGGAAGAUCUUCCAUUCGACCACACGAGACUGGACAAAGAGGAGGAACAGAAGCGCCUGGAACUUGAAAUGCAAAAGCGCCGUGAGCGAAUCGAGCGCUGGCGAGCCGAGCGGAAGAAAAACGAAUUAGAAGCUACCAAAAAAGACGGAAAGCCAAUUCUUGCGAAUCUCCAGUUGCCGAUGAAGAAGUGGUCUUUAGAGGAUGACAGUGACGAAGAAACUGUCCCCGUGUCGACGACUGGUGCCAAGGAGGGCGAGGAGGAUGACGUUAAAGAAGAAGCCGUCGAGUUAAAUCCAGUAGUUUCUUUAGACGAAGAAGAAAUCGACCCCCUUGAUGCGUACAUGGCUGGAGUCCAGGAAGAAGUUAGGAAGGUCAACAAAGUCGAUCCCAAAGCCAAGUCUGCCACCAAUGGAAACUCAACCUCUAAUUCUAGCAGUGGAGUCGUUAUCGUCACCGGAGUCGCCAAAAAGAAGGUUCAAAAACAGAAGGGAGAGCUGAUAGAACAGAAUCAGGACGGGCUUGAAUAUUCCAGCGAAGAAGAGAGCGAAAAUUUGCAUGAAACUGCAGCAGGAAUCGCUAACAAACAGAAGCGCGAAUUAGCAAAAGUUGAUCACGCAAACACCGAAUAUUUGCCGUUCCGUAAAUCUUUUUAUGUUGAAGUUCCGGAGAUAGCGAGGAUGACCAACGAGGAAGUUGAGCUGUACAAAGAAGAGCUGGAGGGAAUUAGAGUAAAGGGCAAAGGAAGUCCCAAGCCGAUUAAAUCUUGGGCCCAGUGUGGAGUCACUAAGAAAGAGCUUGAGGUGCUGAAAAGGCUCGGCUAUGAAAAACCUACUCCUAUUCAGUGCCAAGCUAUUCCCACGAUAAUGUCCGGUCGUGAUUUGAUAGGAAUCGCCAAGACGGGAAGUGGAAAAACUCUCGCCUUUUUGCUGCCCAUGUUCCGGCAUAUUCUCGACCAACCUCCUCUAGCCGACGGUGAUGGACCCAUUGCACUGAUUAUGACACCGACUCGCGAGCUGUGCAUGCAAAUUGGCCGCGACUCGAAGAAAUUCACCAAGUCUCUGGGUCUUAGUCAUGUCUGUGUUUAUGGAGGCACGGGAAUUUCAGAGCAGAUUGCGGAGCUGAAACGCGGAGCUGAAAUAAUCGUUUGCACUCCAGGAAGGAUGAUUGAUAUGCUGGCGGCAAACAGCGGCAGGGUCACCAAUUUAAAGAGAGUUACCUAUGUGGUGCUUGAUGAGGCUGACCGGAUGUUUGACAUGGGAUUCGAGCCUCAGGUGAUGCGGAUUAUGGAAAAUGUCCAGCCUGGAAGGCAGACGGUCCUUUUCAGUGCUACCUUUCCGAGACAAAUGGAAGCUCUGGCCAGGCGGAUCCUUUCCAAGCCGGUGGAAGUCCAGGUAGGAGGUAGGUCUGUUGUUUGCAAGGACGUCGAGCAGCAUGUCGUUGUCCUGGAAGAGGACCAGAAGUUUUAUAAACUCUUGGAGAUUUUGGGACAUUACCAGGACAAGGGCUCGAUAAUUGUUUUUGUAGACAAGCAGGAGAACGCUGACACGCUGCUGAAGGACUUGAUGAAGGCUUCGUAUUCUUGCAUGUCUUUGCACGGAGGAAUAGAUCAGUGUGACCGUGACUCGACGAUCCUGGACUUCAAGGCUGGGAGGACGAAGCUCCUGAUUGCGACUUCUGUUGCGGCAAGAGGGCUCGAUGUCAAGCAGUUGGUUCUGGUGAUCAACUACGACUGUCCUAAUCACUAUGAAGACUACGUUCAUCGGUGUGGUCGCACUGGUCGAGCUGGUAACAAAGGGUACGCGUAUACCUUCAUUACUCCAGAGCAGGAGAAGUAUUCCGGGGACAUAAUUCGCGCGUAUGAAUUGGCUGGUGUUCCGAUUCCUGAGAAAUUGAAGGUCUUGUGGGACCGGUACCGGGCGCGUUUGGCUGCUGAUGGUAAGAAAGUUCACACUGGAGGUGGAUUCAGUGGCAAGGGCUUCAAGUUUGAUGAGUCAGAAGCCGCGCUGGCUAAUGAGAAAAAGAAGUUCCAAAAAGCUGCGCUAGGGUUGCAGGAUUCUGAUGAUGAGGAUAUUGAGAAUGACAUUGAUCAGCAGAUUGAAAUCAUGCUUGCGCCCAAGAGGAGUAUCAAGGAAAUAACCCGGCCCGCGGCUGCUAGCCUCGGUCUGACUGGUCAACCCCAGCCUAGUGCUACUGACAAGUUGGAAUUGGCUAGGAAGUUGGCGUCGAAAAUUAAUAUUGCUAAGAAUUUGGGCGCUGAAGCUAAAGGAGCCACUCAACAAGCUGCUGAAGCUAUCCUCAAAGGCGCCGGACCUACUAAUCUUAUCACUGCUAAGACUGUUGCUGAGCAACUGGCAGCCAAGCUCAAUACCAAACUAAACUACCAACCGCGCGAAGAAGAUCUUUUAGAAGGUGAUGGUGAGAUCGGCGAACAGACUUUCAAAAAAUACGAGGAAGAAUUGGAAAUAAAUGACUUCCCACAGCAAGCACGUUGGCGAGUUACUAGCAAGGAAGCGCUUGCACAAAUAUCAGAGUACUCCGAGGCUGGGUUAACUGUACGAGGUACUUACAUUGUGCCUGGAAAAAGUCCACCGGAGGGUGAACGGAAGUUGUACUUGGCCAUCGAGUCCACCAGUGAAUUGGCCGUCAGCAAAGCUAAAGCUGAAGUAUCUCGGCUAAUCAAGGAAGAAUUGAUAAAACUGCAAUCCUCUGGCGCUCAUACUGCGUCCCGCGGUCGUUAUAAAGUUUUGUAA